UAUCUCGGUGAAAUAAAGUUCGCUCCUUUCACCUACUUCAUCUUUAGGCCCAACAACCCGCAUUUAGUCUCUUCCACUCACGGGGUUUAGGAUUUUAAAAACAACAAUCCCCGCCUCUAGAGCAGGCAGAAAAAUACUUCUCGCCUCAAAUAAUCAAUCUGUGGGUCAGAUAGGAAGCAGCAAUUAAGGGACAAGGACUGCACCAUCACCCAGGGUGUGAUACUGUGCUGCCAACAAUGACUCUGGAUGACCUCACAGGAAAGGUGGAGAAGCCAGCAUCGCCUUAUAAACAGGAGCCUUUCCCAGGGUCUGGCUGACGCUGCGGCUGUGGCGCCCCUGAGCAGCCUUGGCAUCGCAGCCGUCAUGAAGCUCGCCGGGGCUCUCCUCCUGGUCUGUACACUGGCCCAUCUCUGCAGCUGCUCGGAAGCUGCUAGCCUGCCUUUGACAAAGGUGGACUGCAGCGUUUACAGGAAGUACCCGGUGGUGGCCAUCCCCUGCCCUAUCACAUACCUGCCUGUUUGUGGUUCUGACUAUAUCACCUACGGGAAUGAAUGCCACCUGUGUACCGAGAGCUUGAGGAGCAAUGGAAGAGUUCAGUUUCUUCAUGAAGGAAGCUGCUGACGUCUCCACGGACGUGGACACACAGGAGGGACCCGCUCGCCGCCACCUUCGUCGCCCUGGGGCCUGGCUGCCUCUCCCUCCCGUUAGCAGAGGUUCAGGGUCGGGGGCAGAGAUGCGCCAGUCGCCUCUCCUGGGUGGAGAGAGCUGCUGGCUCCCAUUCAGACUCCUGCCUCCCAAUACUAACAUGUCAAAAUAACCAGAAACCUACAAUGAAAUUCUGCCAAGCCAUGGUUGACUUUUACGUAUCAAACAAAAUAAGAACAUGUAUUAAAAAGUCAGAGAACUACUACCGACUGGGUAACCUUAAUAGAUCAAACGAUAAAAAACUCAUUUUAAAUGGACCCAGAAAAGCAAAACACGUGUAAUGUCCAGAGCAAUGGUCACGCAUGUUUUUAGGAAUGACGUGGCUUCAUUAUGCACACGUUUAUUUCAUAAUUUUAUAGUAAUAAUUUUAUAGCAAACAUUAUCAAAAUAAACCAGUGAAAUUCCUAACACAGCUUAAAAAACAGAACUUCAUCCUAACAUUUGAAAACUGUAUAUAUAAUUUUUUUUGUUUUUGCUUUUUAUUUUUUUAGGGCUGCA